AAGUAGAAAGAGAUUCUGCUUGUAACAGAGAUGUACUAUUUUGGUUGCUCUCUCCAUUUUCAUUCCCACACUUCUUUAGCUUUUUUCUAGCCCCACCACCACUAUGCUUCCCCUCAGUACCACCUCCAUAGUUCACAUUUGCUUUUCUCGUUAAUGGGUUGCUUCAUGUGGGGUUUUGAGCAUUUUUAUAGCCUUUUUGUUAUCUUCACUCACUGGCAUCUUGUGUAGCUUAGUGAGUACGAAAAAGAAACGUUCUUUGAGUGAUUUCUGGGGUUUGAGAUUUUUCUAGAACUUAGGAUUUGCUGGUAGAGAUUUGGGGGUUCCAUUUUUUUCUUUUCAUUUUAGCUGAGUAAGGGAACAGGCGGAGAGCAAAGGGAAUGGCUGGAGGUGGAGGAGCGGCGGCGCCACCGCCAAAACAGGAUGAACAGCCACAGCCACACCCGGUCAGAGAUCAGCUGCCUAAUGUAUCUUACUGCAUUACCAGUCCUCCUCCAUGGCCUGAGGCAAUAUUACUUGGAUUUCAGCACUAUAUUGUUAUGCUUGGGACAACUGUACUCAUCCCAACCACCCUGGUUCCUCAAAUGGGAGGAGGAAAGGAAGAGAAAGCAAAGAUGAUCCAGACCCUACUUUUUGUUUCUGGUUUGAACACACUCAUUCAGUCACUAUUCGGCACUCGGUUGCCUGCAGUUAUUAGUGGCUCCUAUACUUUUGUGCCUGCAACACUUUCAAUUGUCUUUGCUGGUCGAUACAGUGGAAUCAUGGACCCUCAAGAGAAGUUUGAAAGGAUAAUGCGUGCAAUCCAAGGAUCACUAAUUGUUGCAUCGACUCUUCAAAUAAUCCUUGGUUUCAGUGGCCUUUGGCGAAAUGUUGCAAAGCUAAUUAGUCCACUUUCUGCUGUCCCUCUGGUAGCUCUAUCAGGGUUUGGGCUAUAUGAACAUGGUUUUCCUCUGGUUGCAAAAUGUGUGGAAGUUGGGCUGCCACAGCUAAUCUUUCUCAUAAUCUUUUCACAGUACAUACCCCACCUAAUGAAAGGGGAUAGACAUGUCUUUGACCGGUUUGCUGUUCUAUUCUCUGUGGCCAUCGUGUGGAUUUAUGCUCAUCUUCUCACAGUCGGAGGAGCAUAUAAGCAUGCCCCACCGAAGACCCAACUCAGCUGCAGAACAGAUCGUGCUGGAAUAAUCAGUGGUUCUGCAUGGAUAAGAGUUCCUUAUCCAUUUCAAUGGGGAUCUCCUAUUUUUGAUGCAGGAGAAGCAUUUGCAAUGAUGGCAACUUCAUUUGUUACUCUGGUUGAGUCCACUGGGGCUUUCAUUGCUGUCUCCAGAUAUGCUAGUGCUACCCCGCUUCCACCCUCUGUUCUCAGUCGAGGUGUUGGCUGGCAGGGAGUAGGCAUUCUGUUAUCAGGAUUAUUUGGAACAGGGAUUGGGCCAUCAGUCUCCAUCGAAAAUGCUGGUUUGCUUGCGCUGACUCGUGUUGGAAGCAGAAGGGUUGUGCAAAUAUCCGCAGGUUUCAUGAUAUUCUUCUCGAUACUUGGGAAAUUUGGAGCUGUCUUUGCAUCUAUUCCAGCACCCAUCAUUGCGGCUUUGUAUUGCCUGUUCUUCGCCUAUGUGGGUUCAGCAGGCCUCGGCUUCCUCCAGUUCUGCAAUUUAAACAGCUUCAAGACUAAAUUCAUUAUUGGAUUCUCAGUUUUCAUGGGCUUAUCCAUACCACAGUACUUCAACGAACACGCUGCAGUAAAUGGAUAUGGUCCUGUACACACAAGAGCACGAUGGUUCAAUGAUAUGCUAAAUGUGCCUUUCUCAUCGGAACCAUUUGUUGCUGGACUGUUGGCAUUGUUCCUUGACACCACACUGCAUAAGAAAGACAGCACCUCUAAAAAGGACAGAGGCAUGGUGUGGUGGUAUAAGUUCAGGUCAUUCAAAGGCGAUACCAGAAACGAAGAGUUCUACUCCUUGCCCUUCAAUCUCAACAAGUUCUUCCCAUCUGUGUGACAACUUGUUAAUUUUCUGGAGAGUAACAGCCGUAUCUUUGGUAUAUUUUUGGAGUCAACUUUAUACAUUUGCGUAACAAUCAUAUUUUUGUUAAUUAGGUUAACUCAUACCUCGCUAAUCUCAUUUGUAUUGCCCAUUUUGUUUGCUUCGGUUCUUUUCUGAGUUUCUCUCUCUUUCUCUCAUCCCCUUAUAAAGUUAUUAUUACUAGUGAAGAAUAAUUUACUAUGGCUACAUCCAGUAUGAUACUAUGAUGUGAUAAAAUAUAAUGAACUACUUAAGGGAAUGUAUUAUUCAUUCCACUAACUAUGCAGUUGUUUCAUGAAUUUAACACAAUUUUGCUUGUUAGGGAAAUUUCUUAAA